AUGAUCCGCGGGAAGGAAGUUCUACCUCCUCCAACCAUCGCGAGGACGGGACAGCAGAAGCCCGCGCUGCCCCAGAGACCCAAACCGCCCGGUCCUCCAGUUCCUUCGUCCGCUGCUCCCCCGCCGCUGCCGGUAAGGAAGAAUACGGACCAGUCAAAAUCGCGCCCGCCGUUACCACCGAGGAAAUCGUCUGAUGUGCGCAGAUCGAGCGAUUCGUGCUUCUCAACUGCGUCUGUAUCGACCAACUCCACUGGCAUCACCGACCAUUCGAGCAAUUCGUCGCCGAAAUAUGCUCUGCGCGCCCCGGCGUUUAGGGAAGCUGAGCUUCCCCCGUUGCCUCCAAAGAAGAAUAAAGGGAUUAAAGUAGGGGGUCAGGGGACGGGAUGCCAGCCAUCGGGCCAUGCUAUAACAUCCGGCAGACCAUUCGCUUCUGGUGCCACUUCACCAGGGGCACGCUACGAUACUGGGCUCGGUUGCAAGAGAAGAAAUCUGGCAGUGUUCAAUUGGAAGCUCGUCACGUCAAUCCCCCGCUCCCGCACGAAUGCAAGGGAAAACUCCCUAAUAAUGGGGUUUCCCGUGUCAACCCCGAAGCUUCCAUCUCGGUUCAAGGGCCGUUUACUGCAAUCACCCAACCCCCCAGUUACUGCCGUUGAGCAUCCAAGCAAGCGUGAACUUUCCAGCAUCUCUCAGAGAAAAGAUACCACCACCGCCACCUGCACCUGCGGCUCUCAAAAAGAUCAGGGAAUCCUCAUUCGCAACAUUGAACAACUCUGA